GAGAGAGAGAGAGAGAGAGAGAGAGAGAGAUAAUGGCUAAGGCACAUAUCAAUGGCAAAGAUCGUAGAUGGUCUCUUCACGGAAUGACUGCUCUUGUCACUGGAGGAACGAAAGGGCUCGGGCAUGCUAUUGUGGAGGAAUUGGCAGGGCUAGGUGCAAUUGUGCAUACUUGUUCUCGAAAUGAAGGCCAGCUCAAUGACUGCUUGAGUCAAUGGAAGAUGAAGGGUUUUCAUCAAAUCACUGGUUCAGUAUGUGAUCUGGUGUCAAGAACCCAACGGCAUGAGCUAAUAAACGAAGUCUCAUCACAGUUCAACGGGAAACUUAACAUCCUUAUAAAUAAUGUGGGAACUGCUGAAGUAAAACCAACAAUCGAGAGCACAGCUGAAGAUUACUCAUUUAUUAUGAGCACCAAUCUUGAAUCAGCUUACAAUUUGUCCCAACUUGCACAUCCUCUUUUGAAAGCUUCAGGAGCUGGUAACAUUGUUUUUAUGUCUUCUGUUGCUGGCGUUGUAUCAAUUGGGGAGGUUGGAAGUAUAUAUGCUGCCACUAAAGGAGCAAUAAAUCAAUUGGCAAAAUCCUUGGCUUGUGAGUGGGGAAAAGAUAACAUAAGGAUCAACAGUGUUGCACCUUGGUUCAUCAAAACUCUCACGGCUGAACCUUAUCUCAGUGACGAAAAAUAUUUGAAGGCUAUUAGCUCGCGAACCCCGUUAGGACGGCCGGGAGAGCCGGAAGAGGUGGCAGCCUUGGUGUCAUUUCUAUGCCUCCCUGCAGCUUCUUACAUAACUGGACAGACUAUUUGCAUCGACGGAGGUUUGACUGUCAAUGGCCUCCUCUUCCAAGGAGCAUGAAUAUAAUUGGAAAGUUGAGCACAAACCAUAAUGUUUCUUUCCCAAAUUCUAGUGAUAACUGUAGUAGUUUACUAGUAGGAGACACUAAUUCCGUUGUAUUCAAAGUGCUUUCUAUAUAAAUGAAUUAUUUUUUUCCCAAUAAUUUAUUUUCUUCUUUGUGGCCCUAAAACUAAAACAUCAAUUUCACAGCUCAUAUUCCUAAAACAUCUCACUCAGAAAUGUAUAAGUUGUUUUUCUUUUUUUGAUUUUUUUUGCCAAAGUUGGGAAA